AUGGUUGCGAGAUCGGCGGAGGAGAAGCGUGGAUUUGCUAAACAGGUAUGGAACUCUAUUCCUGUGCUCCCUGCAAUUGACAUCAGUGGAUCUCUAGAUUUAGAGCUAAAAAUCAUUUGGAGUGAUCUAUGCUCGAGAAAAGCCUUACCUCCUACUGGAGUAGCAUUAGGCUCCUUAGCUCCUUGGAUUUUAUGGCAUUUGUGGACAGCGAGGAACAACCUAAUCUUCAACAACAGACACCUCACGUCGGCGGAAGUAGUCUCUAAAGCAAUAGCUUCAGCUCGGGAAUGGGUCACUAGCCAAGGAGUAGCCAGUCGCAAUCUAACACCACCGAUACGCCCUCCUCCUAUCGCUACUCAGGGAGUGUGCCUGAUAAGAACUGAUGCUGCAUGGAAUGAGACCACAAAAAUUGCAGGGUUAGGAUGGACAAUUGAAGAAUCUCGGGAAGUAGCUUCAUACUCUAGGGCUUCCCGGCAUGUUUCGCCACCCUUAGCGGCAGAAGGCCUUGCUCUGCGUGAAGCCAGGGACCGUGGUAUUUCGAAGAUCAGAUGUGAAUCGGACUCAGCGAUAGUGGGAGAUUCCUCGGCGAAAAUGCGUGAGGGGUACAAGAUGGAGCAUGAGUUUAUGAUGAAAGUGAGACAAUGUGGUGGGUUCGAUAUCGAGCAUUUGAUGAAAACAAAACCAGGCUGUUGUAAUUUAUGGGCUUCGGAGAUCACAAAGGAUAAACCCGCCCCCGAGGACAUCGUCCUAUAUGCUAGGUUGGGGAUCCAUAAGUACAAUAUGAUCCAGGGGACUAACUUGCAGCUGCAUGGCAUAGAGAAGUACAAUGUGUACCGUAAAGUACCUUAUUCCAUUCACUAUGUAACCGCAGUUGCAAAGGAUCCAGCUGCCGGCGGUUCCCUUGUAACUUUUCAGUCCAAAUUUUAUGAAGAAGGCUUUCACGUUAAGAGGUUGACUUGUUCUAUUGCUAGACCUAAGCCUGGACCACAUGACGAUCAAGCUUAUAGUCCACUCACUAAAUCUGAACCUGAAGACAAAAGUGCAUUGCCUGAGUGGCCGGGAGAUAAUGCUUUCGAUGGUAAAAAGCAUUAUUACGUGGUGAAGAAAUCAGAGCUUCGAAAAAAUGACUGGAUUCGUUUAUACUUGGAGCUUGCAUUCUUCACUGCAAAUAUGAGCCUUCCAAAUCUUGAUCUGUCGAAGUUGGUCAUUACUAAAGUAGCCGUGUAUAGUAGCGACGAGAACAUGGUUGUGCCAAACGAGAGACUCAAUGCCAGAAAUGCAAUUUUCUACAUCAAGUACAAGUACUGCCCAAAUAAAAAUAAGGCUCAUGGUUUCAAGGCUACACGUGAUCGCAUAGCUAUAGUAAGAAGAAACCUUGACAAGUUCUCUGGAGAUAUCACUCUCUCGUUCGAGGGCAUUUGCGAAUGGAGGCGUACUUUUCUCUAGAGCAUAGGAUGGCCA